GGCCGGUCUGCGCGCAGGAAACUACAUCUCCCGGCAGAGCUAGCGGCUCCGCCCCUCAGCUUCCGGUCGCGUGUGGCCGGGCGGUGCUACGGGAAGGGAAAGGCGCCGGCCCCGGACCCCCCCGGCCGGGCGCAGGGAGCCGCUCGCGGCCUCAGGCUGGAGUCGCCGGUGGAGCGCGGGUCCCUGAUGGACACCUCGGAGCCGGGCAGCGCGGCCGAGGAGGAGGAGGAGAAGGCGUCGGAGCAGCGGCCCCGCACCCGCUCCAACCCCGAGGGGGCCGAGGACCGGGCCCUGAGCGCGCAGGCCAGCGUGGGCAGCCGCAGCGAGGGCGAGGGCGAAGCGGCCAGCGCCGACGACAGCCCGCAGGGCCCCGCCGCGCCCAGCGCCAAGGCCUGGCAGGUCCCGGCGCCCCCCGUCGAGUUCCAGGUCAAGACGCCCAGAGUCAACUGCCCCGAGAAGGUGAUCAUCUGCCUGGACCUGUCCGAGGAAAUGUCGCUGCCGAAGCUGGAGUCCUUUAACGGGUCAAAAACGAACGCCCUGAACAUCUCGCAGAAGAUGAUUGAGAUGUUCGUCAGGACGAAGCACAAGAUCGACAAGUGCCACGAGUUCGCCCUGGUGGUGGUGAACAACGAUGCCACGUGGCUGUCCGGCUUCACCUCCGACCCCAGGGAAGUCUGCAGCUGUUUGUACGACCUGGAGACCAUCGUCUGCAAAUCCUUCAAUCUGGAAGGCCUCUUCAACCUCAUACAGCAGAAGAUCGAGCUGCCGGUGACGGAGAACGUGCAGACCAUCCCGCCCCCCUAUGUGGUGAGGACCAUCCUGGUGUACAGCCGGCCGGCCUGCCAGCCUCAGUUUUCCAUGACGGAGCAGAUGAAGAAAAUGCUUCAGUGCCCAUAUUUCUUCUUCGACGUGGUGUACAUCCACAACGGGGCUGAGGACAAGGAGGACGAGAUGAGCUGGAAGGAGAUGUACGCCUUCUUCAGCAACUUGGACACCAAAGGCACCAACUACAAGUACGAGGUGUCCCUCACAGGGCCUGCCGUGGAGCUGCACAACUGCAUGGCCAAGCUCUUGGCGCAUCCCCUGCAGCGCCCGUUCCAGACCCACGCCUCGUACAGCCUGCUGGAGGAAGAGGAGCCCGCCGAGAUCGAAGCCACCGUGUAACUGGUGCCGUGGGCCUCCACGGGGGCGUCUGCAAUGAAAUGCAGGCGGCCUCUCAACUCGCUCCCUGCAGAACGGCGGCCCUGUGCCUGGCAGGCAGGUCUGUAGUGUCUCUAGUGGGUUAUGGAAUAGAGAAAAUCCCACACAAUUUGCUGAUUCGUUUUGAUGCACUGGCUGGGGGAGUAGUUAACUGAUUGCACGAUUUCACAAUGAUUACACACUUCAUUUAUACAACACAAUUUUAUUUUAAAACUCUUUGCUAAGUAUACAACACUGCUUAGCUUUAAGAAACACCACAAACAUUAAAAACACAAUAAUUACAUAUAUCAGAAACAAUGCUCCGAAUGCACUUCCUUCCCAAACAAUACUAUAAGAAUUAGUGUUACAAAAACAACUACAAUUACAACUAAAAGUUAAAUUUGAAUCAAUACUAUUAUUUUUCAUAUUAUACUUACAAUCCUAGAAUUCCGAGAAGCCAAAUACCAAAAUACGGUUUCAUUCCUCAGUAGUACGAUUUAAUGGGUUGGCCUCAGUAGUACGGUUCAAUGGGCUCGCCUCAGCAGUACAAUUCAGUAGGCUGGCCUCAGCAGUGAUAGGACUAAGUCCCCUUCCUUCAGUCCCUUUUGGGUGCUCUGCAGCUUCAGCGUGAACUAAGAGAUUCGUGUUCACGGAGAGGUUAGUUCAGGUGAUCAGUCUGACCCGGGCUACACUUGCGAUUCUUCCUUCGUUGUUCUACAAGUAUAGUCACCUCCAAAUUGGGACAGUAAGUUACAGUUUUUAUUGAGUGAGCUGCCAUCAGUGGGCUCCUCCUACUCAACCUUUUAGCACGGAUCUUUGAAAACUCUUGGCGCUCUGGUGUAGUGCCCGAAGACUGGAAGAAGGCCAAUGUGGUGCCUAUCUUCAAGAAAGGGAGGAAAAUGGAUCCGGCUAACUAUAGGCCCAUCAGCCUGACUUCUAUCCCAGGGAAGAUCUUAGAAAAGUUAAUUAAAGAGGCCAUGCUUAAUGGACUGGCCGACGCCAACAUCUUAAGGGAUAGCCAGCACGAGUUUGUUGCGGGUAGGUCUUGCUUGACCAAUCUCAUUUCCUUCUACGACCAGGUGACCUAUCACCUGGACAAGGGGGAAGAGAUUGAUGUCAUAUAUCUUGACUUCAAAAAAGCCUUUGAUCUGGUUUCCCACGAUCACCUCUUGGAGAAACUGGCCAGUUGUCGCCUUGGGUCCUCCACGAUCCACUGGCUGGAAAACUGGCUCCGGGGUCAGACCCAGAGGGUAGUAAUUGAUGGAAGUCACUCAUCGUGGUGUCCUGUGACCAGUGGGGUCCCCCAGGGCUCUGUCCUUGGACCCAUACUGUUCAACAUCUUCAUUAAUGAUGUGGACACUGGAGUCAGAAGUGGACUGGCCAAGUUCGCCGAUGACACCAAACUUUGGGGCAAAGCAUCCACGCCAGAAGACAGGCGGAUGAUCGAGGCUGACCUGGACAGGCUUAGCAAGUGGGCGGAUGAGAAUCUGAUGGUGUUCAACGCCGAUAAAUGCAAGGUUCUCCACCUUGGGAAGAAAAACCCGCAGCAUCCUUAUAGGCUCGGCAGUGCUACGCUGGCUAGCACUAUGGAAGAAAGAGACUUGGGGGUCAUCAUUGACCACAAGAUGAACAUGAGCCUGCAAUGCGAUGCUGUGGCUAGUAAAGCGAGCAAAACGCUGGCUUGCAUCCAUAGAUGCUUCUCAAGCAAAUCCUGCGACGUCAUUCUCCCCCUGUACUCGGCCUUAGUGAGGCCGCAGCUGGAGUACUGCGUCCAGUUUUGGGCUCCACAAAUCAAAAAGGAUGUGGAGAAGCUUGAGAGAGUGCAGAGAAGAGCCACGCGCAUGAUCAGAGGUCAGGGAAGCAGACCCUACAACGACAGGCUGAGAGCCCUGGGGCUCUUUAGCCUGGAAAAGCGCAGGCUCAGGGGUGAUCUGAUGGCCACCUACAAGUUUAUCAGGGGUGACCACCAGUAUCUGGGGGGACGUUUGUUCACCAGAGCGCCCCAAGGGUUGACGAGGUCGAAUGGUCACAAACUACUACAAGAUCGUUUCAGGCUGGACAUAAGGAAGAAUUUCUUUACUGUCCGAGCCCCCAAGGUCUGGAACAGCCUGCCACCGGAGGUGGUUCAAGCGCCUUCAUUGAACACCUUCAAGAUGAAACUGGAUGCUUAUCUUGCUGGGAUCCUAUGACCCCAGCUGACUUCCUGCCCUUCCUUUGGGCAGGGGGCUGGACUCGAUGAUCUUCCGAGGUCCCUUCCAGCCCCAAUGUCUAUGAAAUCUAUGAAACCUGUCAUUACCCCCAAAUUUGGGCUCGGAUCUUACUCAACAGAUUCUUUUGCCUUCGUUGAGCAUUUUAAAUUACCUUUGGGAAACUUCCAUAUCACUGCAAAUGCCCUUUUCUUACCAAUCUGGUCAAAAGGCCUCAGGGUUUGAUCUCUCAGAAUUCAGGAUAUUUGCUCUCUUCGUAAAAGAUUUCUAAAAGAUUCAAAUUAAGACUUUAAGCGAAGUCAGGACCUUUUACGCGUAGUCCCCAAAACAAUGAGCUAGAUCAGGAGAUAAAUCUUAUCUUCUUCCUGAAACUGGCUAACGGGCAACCUUUACAAACAUUCAAACUGUUUCAUUCAAUAUGACAUGUAGGAAGCCGGUUGCGUCUCAAAUGCUCCCCACGGAGACGCCGGUCUGAAUAGCCUUUACCUUCUCUCUUUUCCAGUUAAAAGGUCAGAUCUUUGCCUUGCCAGAGAGGGCCUUGGAGGGGCUGGCCCUCCUUUGUAGCCCAGCGAGGGCAGCAUUUUUGAGUGAACUCAACUUUAAAAAAUAAAAAGUACGCCCAAGUCCA